UGCGACGACGCUGGGUAAAUCAUCUGGACACUGGGUCUCACUAUCGCCAAAUAUAUUUGGAGAUCGGCUUCGGCUACGGCUUGGCAGACAUUUUUUUCUUUCUACAAUUUUAAAUUAAAUUUAUUAGAAUAAAUGCUUCGAACACACGCGAUCUAAGUACCUUUUGUGUUUAUUAUACCUUACCUACCUAGGUAUAAAAAGAGUACUUACGUAGAUUUUCUUUUAUUAACUGUUUUAUACGAAGAUCUUGAUCUCUCAAAUUAGCAUCCAUUUUACUUCCAGUGAUUAUCAACUAAAUUAAUAAUCCACAAAGUAUUAAAUAACGUUUUUAUGAAAUAUUUAGCACAAAAACAAUACCCUUUAAAUAUCGAUCGUCAGUAACUGUGGCUGACUUACCUAUAUUCUAGCAAGCAGGACUGCCAGAUGUGAAGGGGAAAUCCCCAAUAAAUUGUUGCAUGUGACUGAUGAUGUGAGCAUGUUCGUUUCAUAAUAAAAAUGUUGCCAGGUAACCAAAAAGUCGUAUGUUUUUGUGCGAAUUACGAUCAUAAUCUUUACGAUCGUACAUUAAAAAAUAGACAAAUAAUAGUAUGAGUACGAUUUAAAUCGUAUAUCUGUCAACCCUGCUAGCAAGACAGCGACAAAAUCACGUUGCAUAACAAUGUAGCCCAAGCUUAUAUCUUAUGAAAUAUACGGAAGAGAUACGGACUUAGAAAAAACAGAAAUGUUGUUCUUUGUGGAAGUCAUUGAUGAAAUUCUAUGUAUUUUAGCCCGCAAACUUUCUUCAAACAAAAACAGCGCCAUCUAGUAUCGAGUUCUGUAAUUAUCUCUUUGUUUAUGGAUUUGAAGUAAGACCGCCACGCAUGCAAUACAUUAUGACUGGGGAUUCCCCUAUUCGUCGACGCUGAAUAUGAGGCGACGACAAUCACUGUCAAACGUGUUCACUAUUACUCUGACUCUGGUAACGUGACUUCCUGGUAACGUGUUAGGUAGGAAAAGCAGUAAAAAAGUGCAUAUUAAGGGAGCAGAUUUGAAAUAAUAUUUAUACUUAACAAGAAAUAAUUAAAGGUUCAAUGGGGAGACCUAAAGAUUUACGCAUAUGGGAGCACUACCGUACUUUACCAAACAAGUCUGUUUCUUGCAAGCUUUGUAAUAAGGUCUACAAAUUCAGUAAUGCUGCCAAAAUGCUUCAACAUCUUAUCACUUGUCCAAAAUCUCCAGAAACAUUAAAAGACUCUAUGAAACUUAUAAAAGAUAGCUCGUCCAAAACCAAAAUGUCUGGACUGUCAGAGAUAGAGACAAAUGAUUCUUUUAUAAGCCCCUCGUCGUCUGCUAACACUACAAUAAAUGCUGAGUUUCAAGACACCGAUGAUCAUAUAAAAACAGAAUUAGCGAGAGCUAUAUUUGUAACAGGGACGCCAUUAUCGAUGGUGCAACAUCCUUUAUGGAUACAAUUUUUCGAAAAAUUGCAACCAAAAUUUAAAAUACCUUCACGUAAAGCUUUAGCGACAAAAUACUUAGAUAAAAUAUAUAGAGAAAUGCGUUUUGAGUUAAAUGAGGAACUAAAUGCUUGUAGUUACUUACACAUUCAGUGCGAUGGCUGGUCUAAUUUAAGAAAUGAAGGAAUAAUAAACUUUCUUAUAUCAAAACCUCAACCUGCAUACGUUAAAAGUUUGAAUACAGAAAGUAAUCCUCACACUAGUGAAUACCUUAGCCAAGAAGUUGAAAAAGUAAUGAAAGUGUAUGGAGCAAAUAAGUUUCUUGUACUUAUUGGCGAUAACGCUAGAAAUAUACAAAAGGCAUUCGAAUUAACAAAACUCAAAUAUCCACAUGUUGUUCCUCUCGGUUGCUGUGCACAUAUCCUUAACUUGUUGUGCCAAGAUAUUGUAAAGAUACAAGAAGUAACUGUGUUUAUUAUGCAAGCCAUAAAUAUAAUAAAAACUGUUAAAAGGAGUCAACGAUUAAGUUCCUUGUUGAUAAAAUCAAGGCAGGGUGAAGAUUCUACACAAACACUAAAAUUGCCUUGUGCUACAAGAUGGGGAAGUCAUGUUACUUCGUUAAAAAGUUUGAAAGCAAAUAAGAUAGCUUUGCAAAUAUUAACAGUUAGAGAAGAUGUGGUAAUUUCAAGAGAUAUUAAAGAUUUAAUUCUAAGUGAUGAUUUCUGGACGAAGACAGGGGAAUGUAUAAGUAUUUUGGAACCAGUCACUGAAAGCAUAUUUUACUUAGAGAGCGACCAGAAUCGUUUGCAUCGCACAUACAUUACAUUUAGAGAUGUACAAGCUAAGAUACGUUUUGCAUUAAAUGAGAUUUCGACAUUGAGCGAAGAAAGCAAACAGCAGAUUCUAACAUCAGUAUCUUCAAGAUGCAAUAUGGCAAUGAGGCCAAUACAUUUUGCAGCAUAUAUUCUAGACCCCAGGACUCUAGGAGUCGAACUUACUCAAGAGGAAGAACUUAAGGGUAUGGAGUUUAUCUACAAUUUAAGCCAACACUUAAGUUUGUCAAAUGUAAUGGCAGAUUUGGCGUGUUAUAAAGCUAAAGAAAACUUUUGGGCCAGAGGAUUUGUAUGGAGCUCAUUAGAUAGCAUUGAGCCCCUAAUAUGGUGGAAAGGUAUUUGUGGUUCCACUGAGUUAAGCAAAGUAGCGAUUCGUAUUCUAUCAGCUCCCUGUACUUCGGCAGCCACUGAGCGUUCCUUUAGUAUCCAAGGCUACAUACAUAAUAACAAAAGAAAUCGACUUACAACUGAAAGAACUGAAAAAAUUUCAUUCAUUUGUUAUAACUGGAAUCUUAAACAUAAAGCUGAAUGCGAGGACAUUCAGUUUAAUGAAGAAAAUACCUUAGAAGCUUUCAUUGAGCAAGUAAAUGAACAUAACAGUUUAGACGAAAUAGAGCCUAUCGAACCUAUACAAUUCAUCGCUUGUAAUAACUCUGAAUCUGACAGUGAUUGACUGUAGUUUUACAUUUUACUUUCAUCUCUUUCUUAAUAAACUCAAAAUCAAAUUAAAAGUUUUUUAUUCUGUAGGCUGCAUAAUAAUAUUGUCUAUGUCCAGUAUAGUGGACGUCUUGCGGCUGAGAUGACGAUGAUGAAGUACAAAAUCAUAAACACCCAAAAAUUUGGGUGUUUAUGGGGUUUAAACCCAAUAAACCCAAAACACCCGGUUUUUACCCACCAGACUUUAAACCCACCCAGGUGGAUUGCCCAUCUCUAAUUAUAAUCAAUUAAAAAAAAAUCUUCCCUGUUGAUGACGAGAAACAGAUGUUCAUCGAAACCUAUAACUCUUACAUUUCGGCGUAAAUAUAACUUCGAAUGGCAACACUGCUGAAAAAUUGACAGUGACAGUUAUAAAUAAAUGUCAAAUUCCAGACAAAUUAUCUUUU